AUGAACAAGAGAAAACUCGAUCAACCACAAGGAUUUUUACAUGCCACGACAUCCUCUGAAUCAGAUCAUUCUGAAUUGGCCGACAAUUCUUCUCGAGGCCAUCUCGAAGUCAAUAACCACAAUAAUAAUCCCCAGCAUCAAGAAGACCUUGUCAACACAGACGAUCCAUUAUUAUUAGAAAUGGCCUCCAAGAAACGAAAACAACAAACAGAAGCAGCUUUUGACUUUUCGUAUGCUCUCGCUCAGGGUUCAAGUCAUUUAAAAGCACCAACAACAUCACACCUGGAAGAAAAUGAAAAUACCAUGGAUGGCCAUGAACCUUAUUGCCUCCAUCAAGACAACUCUGCCUAUGGCAGCAAUUGCAGCGACAAGGAGCUGAAUGACUUGGAUGAGACCUUUCUUUCCUCCAAACUCUCUCCACAACAACGUGAAAACUUGAGAACCAAGACAAAAGAUUUCGUGAGACAACAAAAGAUCAAUGAGCAGCAAUACGUGAUUCAUGCCUCUAAAUAUGUGAGUAGUAUUGCUGAGGUUAACAGAAUUGUCAACACUGGCGAAUGGUUCGACAGUGCAGAAAUAGAGAGAUCAGUCGUGGACGAGAAUUCAAAGCUGACUGAAGCUCAAAACCCUUCUACUGCAUUCUUAACCUAUUCUCAACAACAAAGACGUCAUACUUUCCCAUCCAACCUUUCACAUCAUGCAUUGAACCAGUCGUCACCACUCUCUUCACCCCUAACGAACGAGGAUUCUAUCAAUAACAAUCAUGCACCAGAAUUAGUUUUUCUUCCCAAAGUCUUGUGUUCCAUCAUUAAACCUCAUCAGCUUGAAGCUCUCCGAUUUUGCUGGAAUAGCGUUGUGUUGCCACCUGAUGACGACCUCAAGGGGUGUAUUCUGGGUCACUCUACUGGUCUUGGAAAAACUCUUACCAUUAUUGUUUUUUGCUACCUCUAUUUAAAGCAUCAUAAGGGAAAGAGAAUUCUCAUUGUUUGCCCAAGAUCAGUCAUUCAGAACUGGGAGCGUGAGAUUGCCUCCUGGAUGCACAACCUCAAACUAGACACAAUUCCAUGUUUUGUGUUGGAUCAUGGAAAAGAUCUGAGAAGUCACAGACUGGAAAAACUUGCAGAUUGGUCCAACAGGGGAGGAAUUCUCCUCAUGUGCUUUUCAUCAUUCUCUAGGUGGACAGAAUCACAACAAGCGGGAGGAGCCCACCCACAACAGCAAUUUUCAAACAAUGUUGGAUUUCAAGCACCUCUCCAUGAUUCACACAGUCAUAACAACAACGCAAGCAAAAUUGAAUUUGAGAAGCAAGUUGCAGAAUAUUUGCGAAAGUGUGAUUUGGCUGUACUUGAUGAAGGGCAUCGUAUGAAAAACCCGACCACAAACCUUUCACAUGCUCUCUACUCUAACAUUUUGACAAGAAAGAGGAUUGUGUUGACAGGAGUACCACCACAAUUCAACCUCAUGGAAUAUUUUACCAUUAUUGAUUGGGUAAGACCAGGUUACUGGUCCAUGAAGGAAUUCAAGCACUUGUUCUGUGAUCCAAUCAGUCUUUCUCUUCAGGACUUGUCUAAUGUGGAGAAUAGAGAGCAAAUGAGGAAACGGUUUUUCAUCCUUAUGCAAGAAUUGAGUUUAUUUGUUCAUAGAAAAGAUCAAUCCGUUCUGAAAUCAUAUCUUCCACCAAAGAAGGAAUAUGUAUUAUACUUUCAUCCAACUGACAUUCAAAGCAAACUGUAUAAUAGAUUUAUUGAGAGCAGAAGAAAGGAUUUGAAGCAAACAAACAUUGAGACAUCCUUUAAUGAAGAAAAACAAAAAAGGGAAAUAUACUUUAUGACAGUCAUGACUCAGAAAAUUCUCAACCAUCCAGACUUGAUAUUACAGUAUUGUCGUGACAAUAAGAAAUUGUUCGAGACGAAUAAUGCACUUGUAGGUGAAUCAAGCCAAAGAUCAUCCAUGAAAUUGUUUUUGGAGGAGAAUGCUGAUGAUAGUCAUGAAUUGAGUUAUAUACCUACUAGAUCGACAUGCAUCUCUGAAACAAUCGCAACAGAGGAAGACACAAGUCUCGCUCCAUCUGUCAGUAAUACCAUGUUUAACAUGUUGGAAGAAGCUGAACGCUUCAAAGACACCAGAGAAAACAUGGAAUGGGCAAAACCUGUCUUGGAGAAAUCUUACUACAUGAACAUGAUUGAUAACUCUCCCAAGAUGUUGUGCCUGAUCAGAAUGAUUGAACAAUGCUUUUUGAAUUUUGAAAAACUUUUAGUAUUCAGUCAAUACCAAGAAACAUUGGACGCUAUCGAGAGAAUUAUUACCAACGUUAACAUUACAACUGGCCUUCCAUUGGAAGAUGAGUCGCAACCUCUAAAACGGAAAUUGAAGCGAAAUGUUGACUUUUACAGAUUAGACGAUUCCAUGUCUGUCUCUCUGGGUCAAAGUGUUGUCGAUUCGUUUAACUCUUCUUCUGAUGCUCCUUUACUGUUGAUUAGCACAAAAGUUGGAGCUCUUGGCAUUGAUUUAUCAUCGAGUCAAAAGAUUGUGUUAUUUGAUGUUUGCUGGGAUAACACAUGGGAUAAUCAUGCAGUAUUUAGAUCUUUUAGAUAUGGACAAACAAAGCCUGUGAGCAUUUAUAGAUUCGUCAUGGACAAUACUAUUGAGAGCAAAAUUUUUCAGAGAGUCUCAUCCAGAACAACCAUGUUCAAGAAUAUGAAAGAGGAGAAGAAGAACUUUGUGGAUAAGGAAGAUUUCUCAGAGUAUCUCCAAUCAGAAAACACCAUAACUCCAUCAGCAAGCACUACUUUCCAAUGUGAUGCUUAUCUUGAAAAAGUAAUGACAAGUGAACCACGUCUUAAAAAGUAUGUGCAGGCAAUUAAUGAAUAUGAAUCAUUGUAUAUUGAAUUGCCGGAUGAGUUGUCAUCUCAAGAUCAAACUGCCUCAAAACAGAAAUACGACCAAGAUUUUUCAGAUUUUACAUCAUCUGAGGCGCGAAAAUCAUCCAACUGUUCCACUUCCUCCUACGAGGAAAGCAACCAAAGCGGUAGCACAAGCACUGAAAGUUAUAAUGAGGAGGAUGAAACAGAAGAUGACUAUGAAGAUUUUGAUGAAGAUGAUGAACAGCUACAAUAA